CCAUCCAUCCAUGUGUAGGUAGGUGUGGUGGCUCGUACGUAGUCCGCCCUGUCCUGUCCGCUCUGUCCGCUCAAAAGCACGUACGUACGUGUUCGACAUGCGAUGCGAUCCGGGUCCGUCCGUCCAUCCGUCCACCAAGCCAUGGUUCCAUCACCUUCCAUUUGCUUCCCCUCGCACCUCCUGCCGCCGCCGCAGCGUCAUGAAAUCCUUCCUCAUCCUCAUCAUCAUCAUCAACAUGAAGAAGCCCCAACCAGCCCAACCAACCCAACCAACCACCAACCAGCGGAUCGACCGACCGUCCGUCCGUUCGUCCAUGCAUGCAUGCGUCGCCGCGACAUCGUCCGCCCGCCUGUUGUAUGUACGUACGUACGUACAUACGCCGUGCACAAGAAGACAGACAGACGCCCAGCCCAGCAACCCCACGGCACGACAAGACACAAACGACACGACACGAGCGAAACGACACGAGCGAAACGACACGAACGAGAGACAGGCCCGGACCGUACCGGACCAGAGCAGAAGACCUUCCAACGAUCUGCAGGCAAUGCAAUGCAAUGCGUCAUCAUAUAUGCGUACAUCAAGUGUGUAUGUGUGUGUGAUCGACUGAAUGCCUGCCGACAACCAGUCUGUUUCGUCGACUCCGACUGCAAGAGAAAGCGAGAAAGGCCGUCCCGUCCAUUCGUUCGUCCGUCCGUCUGUCUGUCCAUCAGUCCGUCUGUCCAUCCGUCUGUCUGUAUUGCGGACCUACUGGCCAACAGAAACGCAGUCGACAUAUAUUUUCACCAAUAGGUAGGUACACAAGUUUUCUUUUGCGCCCGCGUGCGCCGCGCCGCCGCAAUGAUGAUGAGGGCUAAGUAGUAUAAAACUUUUACUUUUUUUU